AUGCUGAAACGUUCCCUGAAGAGCAGCGGCAUGCUGCUCCUCCCGGCGAGCCCGCGGGGCCGGCUGCGGCCCGUGGCGUCGUGCCCCGACCUCGCGCGGCGCGCCGAGGUGCCCGUCGCCCACAAGCCCGGCCGGCGGCGGCGAGGCCUCGGGCUCUGGCGGCUCGCGGCGGUCGGUGCCGCGGUCUGGCUCGCGCAGUUCGCCGUCGCGUCGCGGCGCGCCUACGUGCGCUUCCCGCUCGCGCUCCAGGCCGAGGCGCUGCGGUGGUGGCUCGGGAGCGUCCUCUGGCUGUCGCGCGCGCCCGACGCGGCCGCGGUCGUCGGCGGCCGCCGGUCGUCCGCGCCGCUGCCCCGGAUCUCCGUGCCCGUCGUGGAGGGCACCUGGGACGAGGUCCGGGCGGCGCUGCCGGCCUUCGGCGACGACCCGCCCCUCGUCGUCGUGCGGGGCUUCGCGGCGGGGCUCCUCGACGACUUCGGCGACGCGGCGUCGUUCGCGAACCACAC